AUGGCACCACACCCAGGGGACGACUCGCAGACCCAGUCAUCCACCCUCGAACCCUUCCCACCCCUCUCGUCCUCCCAGCGAACCCUCAUCAACCACACCCUCGCUCUCCUCGCCCACGACGCACACACAUGGGCAGACCUCACACACGCUCAGGGAGUACUCCAGAGGGACGGGCAUGCGAGUGCGGACGAGAUAGAGAGGCUGUACGAGGUCUGGCUCAGGAUGGUUUGGGUCGAGGGGACGACUUGGCAUGACAAGUGGGACGCCGUGCAGCGGCAGUGGGAAGAGGCCGAGGUCGACGAUGGACAGAACGCGGUGACGCCCCUCGCAAACCGUCGCGGCCACCGCAGGAGACCGAGCGACAACCUCGACCUCUUGCGCCGGAAACUCGACACCGUUGCACUCGACCCGCCCCAGCCACACAACUCUGCACCGCGUCCGCUCCCACCACGCACGAGACCCAAGUCGACGCCGCCGAGGCAGCUGCUCGUUCGGUCGGCGCAGGAGGCGGGAGGGUACUCUAGCUCGGACGACCAGUUUGUGGGAGUCCCGACUCCGCCAACUGCUCGCGCAUCAAGACUCGCGCUUCCUCCUCGCACAGAACGAGUACCUUUCUCGACGACAGACGAUGAUGCGCCCGACCAAACGACCCGACGCCGUCGCUUUUCCUCCACAACCGCCCACCAAGUCCUGACAAGCACUCCCCGACCCUCCGCCCGUCCACCAUCUCCUCCCUCGCCCGAACCGACUCCCCUACCUACCCGCUCCGACGCCCACCCCCUCCUCUCCCGCCGCCUCUCCGCCCUACGCCCUCGCUCCUCCUCUCCCACUCCCUCUCCCCGCCCACCCUCCUCAUCCUCCUCAAUGCUCAUCUCCUCAACCCUCUCACCGCCCGAAGCGCUCUCCCUCGCUCUCUCGUUCGAUCGCCUCAGACUGCUGAUGCCGCUUUUGACGCACUGGAAGGCCCGAGUGCGGUUUGUGAGAGAGAGGGAGGGGGAGUUGGUUGCGAGGAGGGAGGGGUGGUUGAGGCGGUGUGGGUGGGAACAGUGGGUCGGGCGGGUUGGGCGAGUAAGAGAGGGAACGCGGAAGGCGGAGGAAUGGAGGAAGGAGCAGGACGAGCGGCGUCUCUCGAGAACGGGACGGAGGAAGGCGCUCGGCGGGGCAUUCGCAGCGUGGAAGGUGCGAUGGCUCGCGAGGCUCGAGGUUCGUCAAGCGGCGGAAAGGGAAGAAGCGAGGAAGGAGAAAGAAGCGGCGUUGAGGGAGGCGAGGGAUGCGGUCCUUUCUUUCCGGUAUCGCGGACUUGCGGUCCGGUCAUUGCGGGAAUGGAGGAUCCGGUGCGCGACGAAGAGGGUGGACAAGGUCCUGGGGGCGGGUCUGCAGCGGAGGGCGGUGGAGAAGUGGGUUAGGAGGGUAGCCGACGUCCGGCAUCGCGCGCAGGUGAUGGAGGAAGUGGCGGAUGAGAAGUGGGCAGAAGCGGAGGAUGGGAGGAAGAGGGAGAGGUGGGCAUGGUGGGUGAGGCGGACGGCAUUAAGGGUCAAGGAGGCGGAGUGGGUCGGUGCGAAGGAGGAAGCGCUGCGCAGGGAGGGCUGGGAGUGGUGGAGGGAGAUGAAACAGCGUAGAGACCACGUCCGCCACCUCGAGCAAGUCGCCUCGGCGCACGACGCUCGCCAUCUCGCCCACCAAACCCUCACAACCUGGCGCACCCGAACCGCCCACCUCGUCUCGCUGUCCUCCCUCGCCUCCUCACACGCCCACACCCUCCUCACGCGCCGCGCAUCCUCCCAACUAACCCACUGGCGCCUCUCGCUCCGCCUUCGCCUCGCUCUCCGCGUCCGCGCCGACUCGCUCCUCUCCACCUCCCUCUCACACUGGCUCGACGCCUACGAGCACGUCCAGAUCGAGCUCGAGGGGCGCGCGGACGCACUGAUCGCGACUCGUGAUACGCGAGUUGGGGGUGUUGCGUUGGAGGUUUGGAGGAGUGCGGUCGCGCAUCGAGUGAAGCUACAGGGGGCUGCGGAGACGUAUUCGAGGUUGAGGAGUGUCGCGAGAGGGUUGGAGAAGUGGAAGAGGCGAUGGGAGGUGGAGCGGGUGAGGGAGAAGAAGGCGGAGGUCGUAAGGGACUUCUUUGUGACAAGGCGGGCUUGGAGGAGGUGGAGUGAGGAAGUGUGGGAGCGCAAGAGGGCGACAUGGGAGGUCGAGCGGAGGCGAAAGCGGGCGAAGGAGACGCUCGACUACUGGCUCACCCAGCUUCGGCAACGACGACGAGACCGCGAGCUCGUUACGCAGCUACAGCGCCAGCAAGGACAGCGGCUCCUCGCUGCUUCGUUGGAGCAAUGGAAACUCGCUGUUGUCUUGCGGAAGGAGGACGAGGUUGAGGCGCGAGACUGGCGGGAUCGCAAGCUUGUCCGCGAUGGCUUCCGACGCUGGGCGCAGCAGACGGUCAAGGCGGAAGAACGGAUCCUGCGGGCAGCCUCGUUCCGCAGCGUCAAGCUCGAAGAACUCCGCGAUCGCCUCUUCCACGCCUGGCUGUCAUCCUCCCGCCGAUCCGCCGCGCUGCGCGUACGGCUCGACCGCUUCGACACCUCACGAAGGCGCAAGACUCUCGAAGCUGCCUUCGACUGUUGGCGCGAAGGGUCUUUGCGGCGCUCAGAGGAGCAGGUCCAGCGACGGAGAGCGCAGCGGGAACGGGGAGAGGCAUGGGCGCAAUGGAAGAGCCGGACGAAGACCGUCGCGGCGAUACAGCUUUACAACCGCCUCCUCGCCUCGCAUGCUCUUCUCGCCUGGCAAGCAUGGACGCCGCCCGCAGACCUCACGAGGCGGGCUAUCGAGGCGGACGAGGGGUCCGUUAUCGGCGGAGCCUUCCAGGUCUGGAAGAUCAAGACGGGCGCGAAGAAGGCUUUGCGGUCAUACAGCGGCCGCCUGCGCCUCGGCUCUUCCCCAAGUGCCGCCUCGUCACCUCUCGCCUCGCCAGCUCGCCCCUCUCCGGCUCGUGCUUCCUCAAACACCUCAUCCACUCUCUCCAGCACACCUUCUCGCUCCUUAUGGGGCACAUCGGCUGCGUCGGCAUCGACGGCUGCGACGAGCUAUCGUCCGGCACUUGCGACCCCCGCUUCGUCUGCCGGAGCUUCGCCCUAUCCAGCACCCUCCGUGUCCGCCCGCCCGCAGACGGCUUCGACGUCUGCCUUUACGUCCGCGGCGUCUCGCCGCCGCUUGUCUGCCGAGAUCGCUGUCAACAAGCCGGCGCCUCCACGACAACCGGACGCAGGCAAGCGAGAACGACGACGCUCGAUCGUAAGCGUGCUCAGCUCUCGCUCAGCACCGUCUGGCGGUGCAUCGCUCUUCGCAAGUCGCGUGUCCGGCAACUACGACGACUCGGACGAGGAAGACGCGGCGAGCGUCGGCCGGGAAGGCAAAUCGACCAGGAGCGAGGGUGGCGCAGACGUGCGAGGACGGCACGAAGCUUUGAGGGCCAGGUUGAGGGCGGCAGCGGCAGCAGCGUCAUCGAGAUGA